AUCCAAUUUCAUUCUGAGCUAAGUGGGUUUGUAUAAAACUUAUAUGGGCUUGGGUUUAUAUAGCCUUGGGAAGUCUCAGUGUGUCAGUGUGUUAUUACAUGACGGAUAAUAGGUGAUGUUUGUUUCUGGGGGAUUUUGCAUGUUGAUGUAAUGUGUAUUUACUGCAUAGUCUGAGUCAUUUCAAUUUGCUAGCCAGCAGAUAGGUAGUUAAUCUAGUCAGUUCUUUUUCUCCGCUGCACUGCGUACAAAGUAAGUAUGUACCUACCUGCUUAUUCUACAUGCAAUGUAAGUGGGUACCUUACUUAAGUUGAUGUUGAUGAUUAAUGUGAUGCCACUGGAUGAAGGUACGCUGUAUGUUAGAAACUAGUUACCAACCGAUGAUAACCUACCUGCCUUCUUUCUUUCCCAUCAGUUCUUGUCUUUAGACCAUGGAGGAGCAAAAGUUCUGUCUGCGCUGGGACAGCUACCAGAGUAGCAUAACGGGCGUCUUUGAUCGUCUGCGGCGGGACGGCCAGCUGCUGGAUGUAACCCUCUGCGCUGAAGGGCGGCGGCUUAAGGCACACCGUGUCCUGCUGGCUGCCUGCAGUCCCUACCUCAGGGACCUUCUCACUGAGACCCAGUGCGAGCACCUGGUGCUGUUUCUGAAGGACACUCCAGCUGCCGACCUCCAGGCGCUGGUGGAGUUCAUGUACAGCGGGGUGGUGAACGUGACACAGAGCCAGCUGACAUCCUUCAUCAAGACUGCGGAGACGCUGCAGAUCCGCGGACUGAGCGGCGAUGAGGGCCAGUCGGAGUCCGCUCAGGAGCGUCCGGAGCCUCCGGGAGGCGGCGGAGGCAGCAGCUCCUCCCGCGCGCCACCCCCGCCGGCGGUCCAGCGGUCUCACCGCUCCCCACUCCCGGAGCCGCCGGUUGUCCCCACCGCUGUUAAAGUGGAGAAGCAGGAGCUGCCUGAUGGCGACGACGCCACGCUGGACGACGCGCUCGGCUAUGUGGCGGCGUAUGAGGACGGCGCACUGGCCUCGCCGGGCCCCGCGGCGGCGCCGUCCCCGCGACCGGCCGGCAGCCCGAGCCACUCGGUCCCCGCUGGCAGCCCGAGUCAUUCUGUCACCGCCGGCAGUCAACACCCUUGCGAUAUCUGUGGCAAGGUGUACAAGUACCGCAUCUCUCUACUAGCGCACCGAAAACACCACGAGGGGCGCACCAGCUGCUUCGUGUGCGGCCACACGUCGAGUACAGUACAGAAUCUGCGCCAGCACCUGCGCUUUGUGCACCGCCUGGGGGCGGACGAGGUGCGCCGGCGUACCGGACAGCAGCGGAUCCGUAUGUCGGCCGCCGAGGUGAUGGCCGGAGGUCAGAUGAUGGGCAGACAGGGCCUGGUCAGGUGGCCGGCGCCCUCCGCCGGACUGGGACCGGCGGGGGCGGGGGAGUACGGAGGACAGGGUGCGCGGGUGCAGGGGCAGAGUCCAGGGGCACAGGGACAGAGUGUGGGGGCGCAGGGGCAGAGUAUGGGAGUGCAGAGGCAGAGCGGGCAGCCUGUAGCACACGGUGCUGUAGCCAGCCAGAGUGUGGGAACUCCGGGGCAGAGUGCGAGAGCUCAGGUACAGAGUGUAGGAUCGCAAGAACAGAGAGUGAGAGCUCGGAGCCAGAGCGGUGGGUCGUCCGUCGAUCCCGCGCAGGCGCCCGCGGUGGCGGACACGCCCAUGGAAUUGACUCCCACUGAGCCGCCGCUGGUGGACGUUGAUGGAUCUCCGGAGGAGGCUGGACCGCCGACGGACCAGUCCGGAGACCACUCGGAGACCGGACAGAUGGACCAGUGAUCGGGGACCGCCGCGAGCCGUGGCAGCUCGCAGCCGGGUCUGAACGAAUCGGUCCGACUCUGACGCUGUAGUUCGCACAACUCGUGUAUUAGCCCGUCAGUCUACUAGACUGGGGCAGUGAGGCAGCCUGCGUUCCUAACUUGUUACGGCCGCGCGGUGCCAUCGAGUUAGAUAGAGCGGCUCACCGUCGUCCGUUGUGACGUUUUAGAUGCGUAUCGUGCCAGUUCUGAAGCUGCGGCUUGUGCCAUUCAUUCAUAUUUUGUACCUGUGGCAUGUGCGUUCCAUAAAUACUAUCGCAAUCAUUUUGUUUUCACUGAUGAGUGUUGCCACAUUGAUACUUCACAUUGUUUAUCACUAUAUCAUAUAUUACUUUGUUGUCUGGAAACGGUACAACGAAAACAACUUGAACACUGCACGUGUGUUAAUUAAAUUGUUUGAUGAUGGCGACUAGUGCUAAAAACCGAAAAAUGUAAAUAAAAAAUAAUGCUUA